AUGUGGAUGUUUUCUUGGCUUUGUGCCAUUUUAAUUAUUUUGGCUAUUGCUGAUAUAGACACAGUAGCAAAGACUACACCAUAUGCCAAAUUUACAAGGAAAUCUGAGGGGAAACACACGAAGGGUCUAAAGCCAUCCAACGGCUCACCUUGGGAGGAAGAGGAAACCCCCCUCACAGAAAUGGCUGCAGUGGUAGUGCCCACCACUGGGCUCCCUGACCCAGAUUCUGCCACUGUCUUUCCCUUUGAGAACUUCACCCUUGACACAGCUGGCUUCUUUUUGAAUUGCUGUCAUUGCUGCUCACCUGUUGCUGGACUGAAAGGAGAACCAGGAAAGAUUGGAAAACCAGGUCCUAAAGGAGAGGCUGGUGAUACGGGGAUCCCAGGACUACCAGGAGUUAGUGGACCCAAAGGCUUGAAAGGCCAGAAAGGAGAGAAGGGACUAAAGGGAGAACGUGGGGACCAAGGAACAAGUGGAGUUCCAGGCUAUCCAGGAAAGCCUGGAGAACAAGGUGGAGUUGGUCCUAAGGGGAAUAAAGGAAACAUUGGCCUGGCAGGAGUGAAAGGACAAAAAGGCUCCAAGGGGGACCUGUGUGGGAAUGGCACCAAAGGAGACAAAGGAGACCCUGGGGCCAUGGGCUCCCCAGGCUUGAAUGGAGAACCUGGAGCCAAGGGAGAGAAGGGAGAGAUGGGGGAGAAAGGCUACUGUGGAGAUUCUGGGGAGAGGGGAGGAAAAGGGCAAAAAGGUGAGGAGGGGUUGAAAGGGGAAAAAGGUAGUAAAGGAGACAUUGGGAUAGAAGGCAAAAGAGGCCUGAAUGGUUUGCCUGGGGUCAAAGGUGAUACAGGCAUUAAAGGAGAAAAAGGAGAGUUAGGUCCUCCUGGUUUUAUGGGACCUGCUGGGCCAAAGGGUGAGCUUGGGAGCAAGGGAGUACGAGGACCUAUUGGGAAGAAGGGCUCCCGGGGUUUUAAGGGCUCUAAGGGUGAGGUGGCCAAAUUCCCACAAUCUGCUUUCAGUGCUAUCUUAUCCAAGUCGUUCCCACCUCCCAACACUCCUAUUAAAUUUGACAAGGUUCUGUAUAAUGACCAAGGGGAUUAUAGCCCUGCAACUGGGAAAUUUAAUUGCAGUAUUCCUGGGACGUAUGUUUUCUCCUACCAUGUCACUGUGAGGGGUCGACCUGCUGGGAUUAGCCUGGUGGCCCGAAAUAAGAAGCAGUUCAAGUCCAGAGAGACUCUCCAUGGUCAGGAAAUAGACCAGUCUUCUCUCCUCCUCAUCUUGAAAUUAACAGCAGGAGAUCAAGUCUGGCUGGAAGUGUUAAAGGAUUGGAAUGGGGUAUAUGCCAGCACUGAGGAUGACAGCAUUUUUACUGGGUUCCUUUUGUACCCAGAGGAAGCUCCUAGAAUUUCACCAUAA